GUUACUCAAAUUUGUUUUUAACUUCAAACUAACUAGAAUCAUACCUUCUUCUUAUACAACAUCUUCGGGAGCAAAUAAUAUCUUGAAGACUACGGUAUCACAACUAAAUAUGAGUAACUAUAAAGCCCAAAUCGCCACACAUGAGCUGCUGUAUGUGUACGAGGCAGGAACCAUUACAGUCGCACUCUGUUCCGUGUCGGAAGAUUGUCGACGCUGCACCGUCCUUCACAUUCAGAGAAGCCGACUUUCACGUUUUAGGUAAGGUAAGGUCUGAUAUGAGCAGAUACAAGAGACUGAGGGUGAAGCCAUGUUAAACAUCAGUCUAUGGAGGGCAUGAACUGCUCAAACAUGCUAUCAAGUCUUGUUGCCACUGCCUCCCACCUUCUGAAGAGGACUUUGCCCCACUGGAAAGCCUCUUUUCACAGGACUUUUUCUCCAUCAGAACCACGACGAUGGCUACUGGGAACUGUUAUCCACAGAAGAGCUCAUGGAUGGACAUCAGCCCCAUCAAUGAGGAUAAACCAGAAGCCUGUGUUUGUCAGAGCUCCUGCAUUUGGAGACAGGCUUGCUAUCAUAGACAGCAGUGGAAGCCACAGCUACAAGCAGCUGUAUUGCAGCAGCUUUGGUCUUGCAGGUAGAAUUAGUGCUGCUCUCAACUCUGACUUUGGCGGUCUGGAAGGGAAACGGAUCUCCUUCCUGUGUGCUAAUGAUGCCUCCUAUACAGUGGCGCAAUGGGCAGCCUGGAUGAGCGGUGGGACGGCAGUACCGCUCUACCGAAAACACCCUCAGGAAGAACUGGAGUACAUAAUAUCCGAUUCCCAGAGUUCUCUGCUGGUGGCGGGUAAUUCUUUUGCUAAGACCCUCGAGCCGCUGGCUCUGAAGCUGGGUCUGCCGUGUCUGACACUACCUCCUACUUCGAACCUGAGCACUUUAGAUGGGACAGACUCCCAGGAGGAGGAAGCAGCCAUCACCGACUGGGCUGAUCGACCAGCUAUGAUCAUCUACACCAGUGGGACCACGGGGAGACCAAAGGGCGUUCUACAUACACACAGCAGCAUCCAAGCUAUGGUCCAGUGUCUGGUUUCAGAGUGGGCGUGGACCCGAGAUGACGUCAUCCUCCACACCUUGCCGCUCCACCAUGUGCAUGGCAUCGUGAACAAGCUGCUGUGCCCUCUCUGGGUGGGCGCCACCUGCAUCAUGCUGCCCGAGUUCCAGCCUCAGAAGGUUUGGGAGAUCCUGUUGACCUCCAAGGCUCCCAUGGUCAAUGUGUUCAUGGCCGUGCCAACCAUCUACUCCAAGCUGAUCCAGUACUAUGAUCAGCACUUCACACAGCCCCACGUCAAAGACUUUGUCAAAGCAGUUUGCAAACAAAGGAUCAGGUUAAUGGUUUCAGGCUCAGCUGCUCUGCCUCUUCCCACUCUCCAGCGCUGGGAGGAGAUUACAGGACACACACUGCUAGAACGCUACGGCAUGACCGAGAUCGGCAUGGCACUGUCCAACCCUCUCAAGGGCCCACGCAUCCCAGGGGCCGUGGGGUCACCGCUUCCAGGUGUGGAAAUUCGGAUUGUCAUGAGUAACGCAACCAACACAACAAUUGUGGAGGCCAAUCACAGAGAGACUCGGGUACGUUCAGGUCUGGAGGGGAAAGAGGGCGAGCUCCUGGUUCGAGGUCCGUCUGUAUUUAAGGAGUACUGGAACAAACAUCAGGAAACCAGAGAGUCCUUCACGGAUAGCGGCUGGUUCAAAACAGGAGACACAGCGAUCCAUAAAGACGGUGUAUUCUGGAUCAUGGGCCGCACCAGUGUUGACAUCAUCAAGAGUGGCGGCUACAAAAUCAGUGCCCUCGAGGUGGAACGCCACCUACUGGCUCAUCCAGCCAUAGCAGAUGUGGCCGUCAUCGGGCCCCCAGAUGCCAUUUGGGGUCAGAAAGUCACAGCAGUGAUGCAGCUAAAGAGGGGCCACAGGUUGACUCUGCCAGAGCUGAAGAUCUGGGCAAGGGAACACAUGGCGCCCUACAUCAUCCCCACAGGUCUGGUGCUGGUGGAGGAGUUGCCAAGAAAUCAGAUGGGCAAGGUCAACAAGAAGGACCUCCUGCGACACUUCUUCCCCUGACCCACUGGACUGCUUCAGCAUGUAUGACAACAUACAGGUUCCUGGUCACGUCCUAUGGUGUCACAGAUUAGAGUGCAGGGUGAAUACAGAGGAAUGGAUCAACUCCUUGUGGGAAAUGACUUAAAGGUCCAGUGAGUAACAUUUGGGGGGUUAUUGGCAAAAAUAUUGUAUGCAAUUGUACAAUAAUGAUAAAACUAAAGACGUUUGUUUUGCCGUAGAAGAGGCCGUUUAUAUAAACGUUAAGCACGGGUCUUGCCUAAUGGAGGCCACCGUCUUGGGUCACCAUCUUUCUAAAGUUUUAUACAAAUCAGUGCAGCCGAUGGCCGACAUAUGAUGCCUUCUUAUAAAACAUAAGUUUAAUAAAAAAAAGCAUAUAUGCAAUUGCUUAACUUAAAAAAACAACACUCAUAGUCUGUCUUUCGACUCAAAAUGCACCUGUGUUUCAAUAAAACAACAAUGUAUAAACUAAAUAUUAUGUAAAUAAAUGAGACAGGUCGUCCAAAAAAAAAAUUAAUCAUCGUCAAAUAAGCGUUAAAAUGUUCUUAGUAUCAAGUCUCUAAGGACAAGAUAACUGGUGUUUUCACAAUUUGGAAGUGGAAGCUUGCAACGUUUCUGGUAUUGAAGGUGGUGAAGGCCACCGUUGUCCCUUGAGGUGGUACAGAAAGGGGGAUGUGUGCAGAAGAGUUCCCCUUUUGGUGCAAUCUGCAGUCUCACCAGUAAUUCUUACACACUGGACCUUUAACUUCUAUGUUGAUCAAGAAAAAAAACAUACUUCUGUGCCACUCCAUUAAUGAUUAAAUGUAAAACUAACAGACACACAGCAUGUAAGUUGCAACCUAAUAUGACCCAAUUUUUCUUUUUACUUUUGUGAUAUUGAAAGUGUGUCUCAUAGCGCUCCAGAGUACACUACUGUAUGAAUUAAAGCAAGGAUCAGACUAUUGAGUAGCACAGAGAUUCCUCAAGGCGAAAAGAUUCUCUGUCCAAAUCCUGGUUCAGCCAGGCCUUUUCUGUGUUGAUAUUUUAUGCUGUGUGUGGGUGUGCAGAUAAGUUGUCUCCAAGUAUCCUGGCUUCCUCCUACAAACCAAAACCAUGGUGUUUUGGAGUGAUGGUACUUUCAGCUGGUGUGAGUAUGAGCCAUUGUGUGUCUGUAUGUUUGCCCUGUGGCUGUGAUGGAUGCCUGGAUGAGGAUUAGCGGUAUAGAGGGUGGAUUGACACUAGACCUUGGUCCAUAACCUCCAUCCACAGAAAAUUUCAUCCAGAUCCACUCUUUACUUUUUUGAAUCGUGGUGCUCUUAGACAAACACAGCCAUAAAAAUAAUAACCUCUUUGGUCCAGGUAGCAAAAUAAAAAAGACAGGUCAACUAUUGUCUCACAGUUUAAAGUGCAAAGGAAAUGUGGGAGUGUAAAUACUUAAAGGAAUACUUGUGCUUCCCAACCUCAGUUUCCCCCGAGUCGAGAAA